GCUUUGGAGUCUUCCCUGUGCCUUGGGUUUGAUCAUCUGACCUCGUUGUCCCUGUCUGCCUCUGUGUCGGGCUCAUGUCUAUGUGACCCCGGCAUCGUGCAGUGGCUCUCAGCGCAUUCUCUCUCUCUCUCUCUCUCUCUCUCAUCUAUAUGCCAUGUCGACUGUGUCAGCAUCUCGAUUAUUCCGGGUUCAAUUCACACACACACAAAAGAUUCUAUUCUCUCUCUCUCUCUCUCUCUCUCUCUCUCUCUCUUCGCUCCUGUUCCUCCACAGCACGUUCCCUCAUUGUCGGACCUCAGCUACACUCUUUUUUCGUCCUCUUCCUUCAGCAAACUCCCCUCAAGGUCGGGCCGAAGUCACACACUUUCGUCCUUGUCCUUUUCUCUCUCUCUCUCUCUCUCUCUCUCUCUCUCUCUCUGUGUGUGUGUGUGUGUGUGUGUGUGCUUGCCGGAGACUUUUUUGGAUCGUCGAAACACACGAGUGCAAUGUGCGUUGCUCGUUGGCUUAAGUGUUUUUUGUUCUUUUGUCUUUUUCCUUCUGUUUUUCAGUUUGGGGCAGGUUGUGGGAGUUUCCUGCCUUUUCUGUUUUUGUUUUUUUUUUUCCUCAAAAUUUUAAUCGUUGUUUUCUGUUCGGAUGCGCGUCGGGGUGAAGGAAAGGGGGCAGCAACAGCAGCCGAGCUCCGUUCAAAUUUCUUGCUCAGCGUUGCUGUUUGUUUUGUAUAUUUGUUUCCAUUUACUCUCGUCCUUGUGCGGGCACUCCUUCCCGUUUGCCUUGCCAUGGGGGAGAGAGUCAAUAACGCCUCCUUGAUUUUCCUCCACCCUCUGCUGCUCACUUCAUUUCGUCCAGUCGAACGGUUCAUGUGUACUAGAUAGUGAGCGUUUGUGGCGACCAAAACGCACACAUGUCAUUUGUCAUUGAAUGGAGGGAUAUUAUAGCGACUUGAGAAAGUUGGUCUCUUCCAUCUCGUUCCAUCUCGUUCCAUCUCGUUCCAUUCAAGUGUAAUAGCGCACACGUGUCUGUUGUCUGCUUUGACAUCUCGAAGGAUGGAAGGAAGGUAGUUGAGAUGUCAUCCGAAGAAGACAAACACGUGCCUUUCGCCUACUUGAAGUACCCUCAUCGACCGACCAGACACACAGUUAAUUCAGUUUCGAGCCCACGUCUUCAGGUUCGGAAUCGCCGCAGAGCUACAGAGGGGGCCGCGGUUGUCUGCCGUUUCGUCCUCCUUGGACUCCCAACUCUCCACCAUCGCCGGCCCUCCCUUUGGGAGAGAGAUGGUUGACACAUCAGUAAUCUCCGUAUUCGAGACAUCAGUAAUCUCUGUAUUCGAGGCGGACCGAUCGCUGUGGAAGAACUCUGCUGUGAGAGCCAAGAAGAAGGAGAAGAAGAAGAAGAAGAAGAAGAAGGGAUCGGUCCGUCCUGGACACACACACCGGGUAAGUGAAACCCAUUUCAUCGUCUUGCCAUGCGGCGGCGAGUUUCGGAAAAUAUCCAGGCGUCGGCGAGAUUCGAACCUACGUCUUCUUCUGGUUGGGACUCUUUGAGGUUGUUGUGUGCGUACCUGGACAUACACACCGGGUAAGUGAAACCCAUUUAUUAUGUUUCCGCGUGGCGAGUUUCGAGCCCACGACUUCUUGUGGCUUUGGGUUUGUUGUGUGCGUACCUGGACGUACACACCGGGUAAGUGAGAAACCCGUUUCAGCAUCUUUCCGUCUGGCGAGUUUCGAACCCGCGUCUUCUUCUGGUUUUGAGUUUGUUGUGUGUGUAGUGAGAAACCCAUUUCAUCAUCUUUCCAUGCGCAGUUGAUUACAUUUGUUGCGCUGGCCGAUCUGAAGGGAGGCCCAGGUAAGAGGCACACGACGAUGGAUGCAGGCAGCAAAUCGGCGGGAUUGCUCUAGGAAAGGCAGGCCAGAUGUCGAGGAUAAAGAGGNGUGAAGAGGAACGGGAAGGUAGGGAAAGACCUUAUGAGAUGGUGAGUAUAGGUAUGUUAGUCCCGUGAAAAAAGAAGAAAGAGGGCACCAAAGAGUGGAAGGGGUAGGUGGGUAGGUGAGUGCCCGAUUGAUAGUGGUGGUAUCGCCGAUCGGUAUCGCAGGAGACUGGGGGGGGGGGGGGGGGGGGGGGGGGGGGGGGGGGUGGGGGGGAGGGGGUGGGAGUAUGGGGGAGAGAUUGGUAAAGCACGCGAGGUUGCGAGGGGCGAGUCCUCUCGAUUGAUCGACUGGUGGGUGAUUUUGGUGAUGCCCCGAGAUGUCGUGGGAUUGGCACCAAAGAGGAGGGGGGGGGGAGGAGGAGAGAUCCCCCGAAAAGUCCGUUGUUUGGCGGUAGGUAGGUUGAGCGGAGAGUUGGGAGGGAGAGAAGAGGAGGGGUGGAUGGUGCGAGAUGAGUCGUUGGACAGAGAUGGUCCUGUUUUCUGUUGGUGGAGCAUCCAGUAGGGAUGAAGGUGGAAUUGUAGGAAAGGGGAAGGGAAAGGAGGACGGGGGGAGGGGGGCAGGGGAGGGGAGGGGAUGGGAAUGGGAGAGGUAGAGAGAGGAGAGUUGGGGAGUUGCUGUUUGGAGUCUCGGUUGACAGUAGUUGAGGAACCGACUUGGAUGUUCUCUCUCCCUGAUGGGAUCCUCCGAGGGUGUUUCAUGUUUUACAAAAUAGGUGGCCCUGUCACUCAGAACAGGUCGUCUUCAGCGCAGAGCAGGCUCUCUGCGCGAGAGACGGGGGCUCGAGUCCAGGCAAAUAAGUUGUUUCGGCGUCUGUGCGCCGUGUGCUUGGAAGGGAAGCAGGUAUUUGGUGGCGCCGUUUUCAAUUCUCUGACUUCGUUGUGCCACACCACCUGGGUGUGUGCGCUUCAUUCAUUCAUUGCUUGGUUGAUUCAUUUGAUUGAUUGAUUGAUUGAUUGAUUGAUUGUUUAGAUCUAGGUUGUACCGACCUGCUCGGAGAAGCUGCUGUGUUUGUAGAUUGCUGGCUCUGAGGGUGUAGUCCAACCUUGCCCCGGUAGAAGCUUCAAAUUCUCUCUCUCUCUCUCUCUCUCUCUCUCUCUCUCUCUCUCUCUCUCUCUCUCUCUAUUUGUUUCUCGCUUGGUCUGUGUCCUCUUCCUUAUGGGAAAUGUCGGAGAUGCAGGGUUUGAACACUCGUUCACCAGACUGAGUCCGUGUUGAUCUUUCUGGCAGUUUCUGCUUUGCACUGUUUGGCGCUACGUCGCCACAGAAUUGUGAUUUUUUGGUUUUGUCCGUUGUCGGUCACGUGACAUGAUUCUUUGAGUGUUUUGUCUUUUUCUGGUCCUCGACUGCGAAAUUCUGAAGUCGAGAAGUCGAGGAGAGGGAGGAUGUCUGUCUUUUUGCGGUGGAACCAAGUCAAAGAGUGUAGGCAACUCCAUCUUCAAGGGUUCCCGUGUGCGAUCUGUUGGAUCGAGUUCAUGAUGCUCUUUCAAGUUCGGGAUUCGUUUCCCGUUUCUGGCAAUCAACCCCGAAAGGUUCC